UGAUUGCAAAGAGCUGUUGCUAAUUCAAAACCAGAAAGUUCAUCAUAAAGAUCAUACAAUUGAUGUAAAGUUUGCAGAAUUAGAAAAAACAAGAAACUUCUUGGUUUGACCUCUUAUCUUCACAAUCUAUUUAUUGGUGAAAUUUACAAAUUUUUCCAGUUGGUGCUGAAUAAUGUUGAAUAAGCUAAAUUUCUUGACAGCCUAACGUAGUAAACGUUUGUCAAAGUGCUGUAUUUGAUUUUAAUAAAAUCAUUGCACUAUAGUGAUAACAAUAAAUUAUAAUUGUGUUUUGAACUUUAUGAUCCAAGUUAUAAACGGAAGAAUAUUUUACAUUCGUAAAUUAAUACGUCAUGAGACCUAUUCAAAGAAGACAACAGGGUUUACAAUACGGCAUUUAUUUGCUAUGUAUGCAAGCUCUAAACUAUGGUAUUGAUAAAAUUCCACCAGCUACUUUAAUUACAAUUAUUGCACAGGUUUUACUAUAUGUUGGUUUGAUAAAAGUUCCAUGGAAUGCAGAGGAAGUAUGCAUAUCAGCGAUAAAAGUAUUUAAAUACCGUGAUUGGAAUUCUUUCUUAAUAUCAAAUUUUGAACAUGGUUCAGAUAUGCACUUAUAUUAUAAUAUGGUAUCUUUGAUCUUGAAAGGUUCAUAUUUAGAACCUAUGUAUGGAACAAUAAAUUUUGUUAUUCUAUUAGCUAUUCUUUCGUUUGGAUGCAGUACUAUGUAUGCAGGAUUAGGCUAUGCUUUAAUGCAGUUAACAGGAGAUUAUGGAUAUUAUACACAAUGUGCUAUUGGUUUCUCUGCUAUUUUAUUUGCAUUAAAAGUAAUUGUAGUGUGUGAAGAGUAUGAUAGAAUUCAGGAUGUUGGAGGAUUUAGAGUUUCCAGUAAAAUUGCUGUUUGGGUUGAACUAAUUUUAAUUCAUCUGUUAGUUCCACAAUCUUCAUUUAUAGGACAUCUUGGGGGUAUUUUAGUUGGUUGUUUAUAUUGUUAUACUUUUAUUGGUGAAAUAGUUGAUAACAUGAUAUAUGGCAUAACUGGUACUCCUAUUAUACAUGAAGAACAAUUUUAUAGAAGGCGUAGCUCAUUAUUUAGGUAAAUUGAAACUGUUAUAAAUUUCAAAUGACAGGAGAUAUUAAAUUAUUAUUACCAAGAACUCCAA